AUGGGUUUUUCGAAGAAACAUCAAUUAGUGGAUGGAAGCAAAGAAGAAAACAAAAUGUGGGUAAUUGCUGGAAUAGCGUUUAGGCCUAAUAAACUGAAAUCAAUAUCCACAAAACCAAACAGAGGAGAAGAAGAAUCUGAAGACGAAGUAGAAAAGAGUUCAACAACUCCGACAACAAGAGAUUCAAGGAUACCGGAAAAGCUACCAUGUCCACCGGCUCCGUCGAAACGCAGGCCAGUAUCAACAUGUCACUAUAAUGGUGCUAGAGAGUUCUUUAAUCCACCAGAUCUUGAAUCAGCAUUUAUUAUUCGACAUGUGGAGAGGGAAAAUUAUUAA